AUGAAUGCCACGAGCAACAAGUACCGGAGGCCACGAGCAACAAGUACCGGAGGCCACGAGCAGCGACGCUUCAGCAACGAGCAGCAACCAACGCCACGAGCAGCAACUCUUGAAGGCCACGAGCAGCAACUAUUGUUGCAACGAGCAGCAACCAACGCCACGAGCAGCAACUAUCGAAGGCCACGAGCAGCAACUACAGGCCACGAGCAGCAACGUUUCAGCCGUGAGGAGUUCCACCCGCACUCGCCUCCAUCGCCAACUUUCAACUCGCCCACCAGCCGCACUCCGCCCUCGCCCAGCCUACCUUCCAAGCUCCUGAGGGUCCCAAGACCACGAGAAGCAAGUCCUGGGGCCACGGCUGCAAGUCUUGUCCUCAAGAUGGGAGAUCGCCCACCACCACUCGCCUCCACCGCCAACCUGCCACCCCGCACCCAUCCCUACACCGCCCCCCGCCCCGCCUACCAACCGAUCUCCACAAGAUGGGAGAUCGCCCACCACCACUCGCCUCCACCGCCAACCUGCCACCCCGCACCCAUCCCUACACCACCCCCCGCCCCGCCUACCAACCGAUCUCCCCAUGGUUCAACCAACGAGCAGCACCUUUUGAGGCCACGAGCAGCACCUUUUGAAGCAACGAGCAGCGACCGCCACGAGAUCUGCCGCCAUCAGAGGGUCGAGUGUCUUCGCAUCUACGGUUUCACCUGGCAUCACUCUUCGGCGGAUGGCGUCACUCUUCGGCUGAUGGCAACACUCUUCACGGCUGAUGGCAACACUCUUCACGACGGGCUUAAGCAUGGAGGCGCAUUCCCUUGGGAGCGUGGCUACAACGAAUCUCUGUGGGAUCGCAUGGAGGCGCAUUCCCUUGGGAGCGUGGCUACAACGAAUCUCUGUGGGAUCGUGGCUGCCGCUUGGCGAACGCGCAUCCCCUUGCAGCGCGGCGGACCUGCAAGGGAGAACGCCAAGGAGUGGCGGUUCUCCAAGGGAGAACGCCAUGGAGCGGCGAAGCUCUUCAAGGGAGAUGACGCUUGGAGCUUUGAUCACGGCCAGGCUACUGUAAGCAUGGAGGCGCAUUCCCUUGGGAGCGUGGCUACAACGAAUCUCUGUGGGAUCGUGGCUGCCGCUUGGCGAACGCGCAUCCCCUUGCAGCGCGGCGGACCUGCAAGGGAGAACGCCAAGGAGUGGCGGUUCUCCAAGGGAGAACGCCAUGGAGCGGCGAAGCUCUUCAAGGGAGAUGACGCUUGGAGCUUUGAUCACGGCCAGGCUACUGUAAGCAUGGAGGCGCAUUCCCUUGGGAGCGUGGCUACAACGAAUCUCUGUGGGAUCGUGGCUGCCGCUUGGCGAACGCGCAUCCCCUUGCAGCGCGGCGGACCUGCAAGGGAGAACGCCAAGGAGUGGCGGUUCUUCAAGGGAGAACGCCAUGGAGCGGCGAAGCUCUUCAAGGGAGAUGACGCUUGGAGCUUUGAUCACGGCCAGGCUAUUGCAUGGAGGCGCAUUCCCUUGGGAGCGUGGCUACAACGAAUCUCUGUGGGAUCGUGGCUGCCGCUUGGCGAACGCGCAUCCCCUUGCAGCGCGGCGGACCUGCAAGGGAGAACGCCAAGGAGUGGCGGUUCUUCAAGGGAGAACGCCAUGGAGCUGCGAAACUCUUCAAGGGAGAUGACGCUUGAAGCUCCGGUCACGGCCAGGCUACUUUUCUUUCAAGCUAUAGAAACUAAUAUUUCGUUUUCCUUCUGUGCAGGCAUGGAGGCGCAUUCCCUUGGGAGCGUGGCUACAACGAAUCUCUGUGGGAUCGUGGCUGCCGCUUGGCGAACGCGCAUCCCCUUGCAGCGCGGCGGACCUGCAAGGGAGAACGCCAAGGAGUGGCGGUUCUCCAAGGGAGAACGCCAUGGAGCGGCGAAGCUCUUCAAGGGAGAUGACGCUUGGAGCUUUGAUCACGGCCAGGCUACUGUAAGCAUGGAGGCGCAUUCCCUUGGGAGCGUGGCUACAACGAAUCUCUGUGGGAUCGUGGCUGCCGCUUGGCGAACGCGCAUCCCCUUGCAGCGCGGCGGACCUGCAAGGGAGAACGCCAAGGAGUGGCGGUUCUUCAAGGGAGAACGCCAUGGAGCGGCGAAGCUCUUCAAGGGAGAUGACGCUUGGAGCUUUGAUCACGGCCAGGCUAUUGCAUGGAGGCGCAUUCCCUUGGGAGCGUGGCUACAACGAAUCUCUGUGGGAUCGUGGCUGCCGCUUGGCGAACGCGCAUCCCCUUGCAGCGCGGCGGACCUGCAAGGGAGAACGCCAAGGAGUGGCGGUUCUUCAAGGGAGAACGCCAUGGAGCUGCGAAACUCUUCAAGGGAGAUGACGCUUGAAGCUCCGGUCACGGCCAGGCUACUCUCCGAUUACGGCCAGGCUACUGCAUGGAGGCGCAUUCCCUUGGGAGCGUGGCUACAACGAAUCUCUGUGGGAUCGUGGCUGCCGCUUGGCGAACGCGCAUCCCCUUGCAGCGCGGCGGACCUGCAAGGGAGAACGCCAAGGAGUGGCGGUUCUCCAAGGGAGAACGCCAUGGAGCGGCGAAGCUCUUCAAGGGAGAUGACGCUUGAAGCUCCGAUCUCGGCCAGGCUACUGCAUGGAGAGCCGCCACGACACUCGUGA